UCCUGUUUUUAUCAGGAAAAAGGAGUGGGAAUGUCGCUUCUGCUCAAAAGGACUUAUUAAAUUGAUUGAUUUUCUAAGCAGACGGGAAUUUCACAAGCGUUCGAUCUUUGAUGUAGAAUCAGCACGGCAAGUACCGACUCCCUUUUUGAAACUUGAAACCUUUCUUUGUCUUUGAUUAAUUGACUUUUAAAAUGGCGUCUGAAAGUGAAAGUAAAAAUUUUUUAGUACGAUGAAGUAGCGUUAUUUGUGGAUUGUUACAAACGGAGUUUUUUUAUACUGAAAGGAGGGAAGGAAAGUUAUUAAGUUUGAAUUCCUGAUUCUUUUGAAGACAGAAUGGCAGCUAAACCUUUAAAGCCUUCUGGAAGAAGGGGAUCUGAACCAAGUCUUGAGGAAAUAUUGAAAGAACAAUUAAAACUUUCUGAAGAUAGGCAAAAAGAGAUGAUGGAGAAUUUUAAUGCAAAAAUAAGAGAAGAUAUUCUCAUGGCAGUUCAAGGACUGAGUAAAAAAAUUGAGGGAUUGGAAGUGGAAAUGCAACAGAUCUCUCAGUCAAAUAAGCAUUUAGAAGACAAAAUGAAAGGUGUUCAGAAAAAAGUGGAUCAAAAUGAAGAUCAGGUUGUGAUAUUACAAUAUAAACUUAUGGAAGGAGCUCUUAGAAUUCGUGGUAUGCAAGAAGAGCGAGGAGAAGACUUAAGAAAAAUUAGAUCAGAAGCAUUGGCUGAAUUUAUUGAAGUGGAACCCCAAGAGGUAGCUUACCAAAUUGAUAAAAUAUAUAGAGUUAAUUCCUGGAUUGCAAGACAGAGAAAGCUUCCUCGGGACAUUGUGGUUUAUUUUGUGAAAAGGACUAUGAGAAAUCAGAUUCUGCAAGUUUCAUAUCAGACAACUUUAAAAAUUGGAGAACAGGAGCUGAAGGUGUUGAAAGAGAUUCCUUCAAAGAUGUUAAGAGAUAGGAAGGAAUUUGCUUUUUUUACACAAGAACUUAAAAAACAUCAGAUUCAAUUCAGAUGGGAGGUGCCAGUUGGACUGACAGUAUUCUAUCAAGGAAGGAGAUAUAGAAUUGACACUGUUUUAAAGGCAAAGGAUUUUCUUUCUACAGUUUUGAAAGUUGAAAUAGAAGUGAUAGAAAAACUUCAAGAGAUUCAAGAAGGUGUGGUGAUCCAAGAGCCUGCAUUGCUGCCAGUAUUAGAGGAACCACAAGAGCAAAGGGUGACAAGAGGAGCCCUUAAGCGUAAAGAAGAGCAACAGUCUUAAAGUAAAAGCCAGGAUCCCAGUAUGGAAGCUGUGGGAGGAGCUAGACGGAAGAUACCGGAGGAGGAGCUUCCGUUGUCUGCUUCAAAGCUUCAGGAGGGUGAAGAAAACGAAGAUAUUUCCGAGGUGUUUAACUGACCAUAGCCCAAUAUGGAUGGAAUUAUUACAAGGGAAAAAAGGUGGUAGAACAUGGAGGUUGAAUGAAAAUCUGUUUAGAUAUGAGGAUAAUGUAACUUAUUGUAAGAAACAGUUGAAAGAAUUUUUUGAUAUUAAUAUGUACAAAGGGACACCUAUAGGAACUGUGUGGGAGGCGAGCAAAGCGUUUAUUAGAGGGAUAUUGAUUUACUUGGACAAUAGGCAAAGGAAUAAUAAACAAAGGCAGCGUAGGUACUUGGAAGAAGAAAUUCAAAGGAAGCAACAGUUAUUAAUUCAAAACCCACAAGAUCACAAACUUAAAGAGGCUAUAAAAAUAUUACAGAGUCAAUUUAAUAUGUUAAUGGCAGACCAGGUGGCAACGAAUAUACAAUAUGCUAAACAUAAUACCUUUUGUAAUGCAAAUAAACCUGGGAGAUGGUUGGCAUAUAAUUUAAGGAAGAAACAGAAAGCACGUGUCAUACAAAAAAUAGAAUAUAAAGGUAAAGAGAUAUACCAAAGGGAUAAAAUUAAAAAGGCAUUCUCAGAAUUUUAUACUGCACUAUAUGCAAAAGACAAAAUAUUGAAUAGGGACAUUUAUGAUUAUUUGAAAGAUUAUAAGGUUAAUAUUCUAACAUUAGAACAGAGGGAGGAGCUGAAUCGGCCGAUAGAUACUGGAGAAAUAGUGGAGGCAAUUAAACAAUUAAAAAUGGGGAAAACCCCUGGCACAGAUGGUCUUACAGCAACUUAUAAAAAAACACAGGAUGAAAUAUUAGGCCCACUUAAAGAAUUAUUUAAUCGUAUUUAUUUUAUGAAAAAAAAGUGGAUAGGGCUUUUAAGAAUCUUGUGUUGAGAAGUGCUCUUUUGCGGGUCUGGAAAAAAUAUUCCUAUAAAUUAGAAUACAAGAUUCCUAUAUUGGCGAGCCCUAGACAUGCAAUAGAGAAUAUAAAUAUAGAACAGAAACAGGAAAUGAUUACUUAUAAAGAACUUUUGUAUGCUGAAGGAGGUAGAUUGCAAUUAAAAUCAUUACAGGUAUUAAAUGAAGAAGGGAGGAAUUAUACUUGGUUUCAAUAUGGGCAAAUAAGUGCUAGAUGGAAAGAAGAUCAAAAAAUUGGUAUAAUGCAAAGGGAGGAAAAUUUAAUAAAGCAAAUUAGAAAUCAGACCCAGGAGCAUAUAAACAGAUUGUAUAAUGUGUUGCUUGAAA